AAGAAAAAUCCACAGAGCACAUUUCCAGUCAUCAAGUCCACUGUUGGAGGCUCAAAGGUGAAGCUUUCGCAGAAGAAAUUGGGAAGAAAGCUUCGCCUUCCCAAUUCUGGAGUUGAAGUUGGGAAAUUUCCAGUCAAAAAUCUGGACUGGAACAUCAUUGGAAUUUCUGGGCGAACUCCUUCUGGCCCAGCAAAGAAAUCAGAUCUGAACAACGAUUACAAGUUGAUUUUGGAACUGGUCAUCGCCUGCCUCGAAUGUGGGAGUGGAAGUCAUGCCGAUGACAUCACCCAGGAGAGAGCCUUCAUCAUCAACGCUCUCAUUACCAAAACUAAGGUAAACUGGGCUGCACACUUUUUCAAUUCCAUCUCAAAGCAUUUGGGAAAGCCCAACCAGAAAUAUCUUUGUCAAGGACUAUACCUUGGACAUAUCUUGGGGUCUAUGGGUAUUGCUUCUAAAGGAAAGAAGUAUGGAGAAAGAUACUGGCUAUACUACUUAUCCUCCAAAGGAGAAAACAGAGCCAGUGCUAGUACCACUGCAGAAGAUAGCUCAUCAGAUAAUGUCCUACUCAUCCAUAUGGCAAAGACUGCCAAAAGAAAGCAAGUGGUGUCCCCUUCUCCCUCCAUUGAAGCACCACAGAAUCUUGCCUUGGUAUGUUUGGAAGAAGAAGAAGAAGUCUCUGACCAUGGAGAACUUCAAAGGAAGAAGAAGAGAAAGAUCAACUCUUCAUCAACAUCCAAAGAUAUCGAUUCGGAUGAGUUGAAGGAGAAGGAAACUGCUGAGGAAACCUCUAUUCAAAACCGGAGCCCUCAACAAUUUGAAGAAGAAAUCCCUCCAGUCCAAAGCCUUCCAACCUCAUCUCAGCCUCAUACAGAUGAUGCUGACAACAAAUUCUGGCAGCUCUACUAUAAUUGGAGAGCUUGGAAAGUUGGAAAUUCAGAAGAGCAACUGUUGGAUUGGGACCAACAGCUGAAGAAUGAAAAUAUUAUCAAGAAAUGCCUAGGACUACCAGUCAACCACUGCUGUGAAGACAUCUUGGAUGACUACUGGGUAUGGCAAAGGAACAAUGAGGAUCUGCAUUUGGAACACUUGGCCACUACACCAGUUUUAGACAUUGAAGCAGAUGAUGAAGAUACUGCAGUCUACAAGCCAGUCUUCUCAAAAGCCACAGAAGAUCAAAUGGCUCCCACUUCUGAAGAAAUAGCUGUUUUGGAAGCAACAGUUGAGGAUUUCUCUAUCUUUACGGAAACCUCACAUGCGUUCGAAAUGGUUCUGACUGAAACUGUUCAAGAGAAGGCAGCCUCUUCCCCACAAGAGUAGAACCAGGAAGCAACUGAAGAAGAAGAAUUUCAGCGACUGAUCCAAUCUCAAGUGCUCGAGAUCCUCACAACUCCUUGUGAGAUCUCCAAUCAGACACAACUUGAGAUUCUUGAAAAGUCAGCAGAAAUUCCGGAACAGUUAGCUAUUCCAGAAAUUAUGGAGAAAGAAGUAGAAGUCCAAAGGCACUCUGGAAAAGCUGAGAAGGAAUCUCAGAUGGCAGAAGAGGAGGUCUCUCAAACUCCAAUAGCCAUUUUUGAAGAACCAAAUGAAGCUGAAGAUAGUGA